UGGAAAGCGCGCAUCCGCCGUCUCUUCCUAUUGGCCACCUCGGCUGCACCUGUUCGACCACGGCGGCCAAUCACGCGCCGCGGCUCAGUGCGCUCCAAGAUGGCGGCUCCCAGUGCCUCGUAUCACUCAUCGCAUCUAAAAAGCUAAAAAAGAACCAGCGUCUCCGCGAAGCCGAAGCCCAUGAGGAGGCCGAGAAGAAGGAGCUGUCGACGGUGAACACGGAAGCGGGUUUUCCGCCUUCCUCCUCCACCACCACCUCCACCACCACCUCCUCCACCACCUCCUCCUCCACCUCCUCCUCCUCCUCCUCCUCCUGUACCCGGCCCGUGGUUCCGGAGCCGGUCUCCGUGCUCGGUGCGGCGGGUGCUGCGUUAUCCGAGUAUGGCCACCGACAACAGGAUCAAUUUUUGGAGGAGAAGCGCCAAGGUUCCGGGAAGUGUGCAGCCAGUUUACGGAGCACAGCAUCCACCUCUUGACCCCCGAUUGCGGCGCACGUAUUCCAAAGAAACCAAGCCCAAGUACAACAUUUCAAAGUCUAAAAAGACCUCCAGCUUCCAUGAGUUCGCCCGCAGCACCAACGACGCCUGGGACAUCAAUGACGAGGACGACGAGGAUUUCUUCGCCGCCUCCAUCCCGACUUCAGUCGUGCAAUUAAGUCUGCACUCCACAUCGUCCAUACAGAACCAGGCAGGUGAAACAGAUCCUGUGGCGUCACACAAACAGGCACCAGCCAAGACACAAGUUCAAACCCCCCAGGAUCUGCAGGAGGACUCAGAAUGUGAGCAUGUUAACGGCAAGAUUGUCAAGUCUAGUAGCGAGGCACAGCUCAACACCUCCUCAGGUGGCUUCACACUGCAGAAGCAGCAGUCCCUCCCGGUGCGUCCCAUCAUCCCACUGGUGGCUCGCAUCUCGGACCAGAAUGCAUCGGGGGCGCCCCCCAUGACUGUACGGGAGAAAAGCCGGCUGGACAAAUUCAAGCAGCUGCUAACUAGUCCCAACACUGACCUAGAAGAACUCCGGAAGCACAGCUGGUCAGGCGUGCCGAGAGAAGUCCGGCCGAUCACGUGGAGACUUCUUUCUGGCUACCUUCCAGCCAACAAGGAGCGCAGAGAGCUGGUGCUGAAGAGGAAGCGGGAGGAAUACUUUGGCUUCAUAGAGCAGUAUUACCAUUCUAGAACAGACGAGCACUAUAAGGACACCUACAGACAGAUCCACAUCGACAUUCCAAGGACCAACCCUUUAAUUCCCUUGUUCCAGCAGCCGGCUGUACAGGAGGUGUUCGAGCGGAUUCUCUUUAUCUGGGCCAUCCGUCACCCAGCCAGCGGUUACGUCCAGGGGAUCAACGAUCUGGUCACGCCCUUUUUUGUCGUCUUCCUCUCUGAGUUUGUCAUGGAGGACGUGGAGAACUUUGAGAUGGCGGGGCUGCCCCUGGACACCCAGAGGAACAUCGAAGCCGACAGCUUCUGGUGCAUGAGCAAACUGCUGGAUGGAAUACAGGACAACUACACCUUCGCUCAGCCUGGAAUCCAGAACAAAGUGAAAGCUUUAGAGGAGCUGGUCAGCAGGAUAGAUGAGGACAUUCACAAUCAUUUCAAGAGGUAUGAAGUGGAGUACCUGCAGUUUGCUUUUCGAUGGAUGAACAAUCUUCUGAUGAGGGAGUUGCCCCUUCGUUGCACUAUCCGUCUCUGGGACACUUACCAGGCCGAGGCUGAAGGUUUCUCCCACUUCCACUUGUACGUCUGUGCUGCUUUCCUCAUCGAGUGGCGCAAAGAAAUUCUCUCCAUGGUGGACUUUCAGGGCCUUCUCAUGCUACUGCAGAACCUUCCCACGAUCCACUGGGGGAACGAGGAGGUGGGUCUCCUCCUGGCGGAAGCCUACAGACUGAAGUACAUGUUCGCGGACGCUCCCAGCCACUACAAGAGAUAAACACCAAGUGUGUUUCACGUCAGGGGUAAAAACGCUGAGCUUUGACUUUUAAAAGUAAACCGGGGCCGUGACUGGAAAGGAACCACUGAAACACCUGAGAUGCUCCAGACAACCAGACUCAUGUGUUUGUUUGUUUCAGAACCAGUGAAAAAAGAAAGUCCUGUGGAUAUCACACUGGAUUUUUGGGGGUUUCUAGUUCACCUCAGUGACUCUUGGACUAUUUGCAGUCGAGGUACUGCCCUGUAUUAAUGGACUGUUACAGUAUAAACAACCAUAGCUAUGCCAUGUUGGUUUAUUUAUACUGAUUUGGGGUGUUUCUUAAGCUAAAUGUAGACUCAGAAGAACACGCUGCACCUGAAAGGGAUGAUGAAUGUUUGUGAGGUCACCCUUUAGUUAAAGAUCAUUAUAUUUUUUUUUGCAGAUUUCUUUUAAAAAUGGUCGUUUUACAAGGGAAAUGUGUUCGGUGUUAACCAGGCAACUACAACUCUUCGUUUUGUCUUUAGUCUGACACUGUCCAGACCUCGCGUUAACAUCCAGUCCACGUGUGAACACUGAUCUGGUGUCAGUCCACAUGUGGGCGUGGCCUGGGACCCAUGUGACCUCGUUCCUUUAAUGAGUCCUGGGUCCCUAGAGUUCAUUCAACCAGUGGUAGAAAUGUUCACCUGAAAAAAAGACUGUUAGCUAAUCACAUAAGAAAUAAACCAUUUAACUCAUUAUUUAUGAUAUUAUUUAUCAUAAAUCAUCAAUUAUCUUAUUUUUAUAAGUAUAAACAGCUCAGUGGUGAAAUUACCAGAGGGUCAAUAUAUAAUUGAGGAACUUUUUGAGUUUAUUGUUGAGUUUUAUUAUUAAUACAACAAAGUUAUAAUAAAUAUAUUGUAGUAACACUGUGUGAUAAACCCACACUUGACUCGCACACUAUUUUAUAUUAAAUAACUAAAGAACAGACCUUGGAGCAGGUCAUGUAAUCUGGAUUUAACACACUUCCUUAUUGUCCACAUAAAAUUAGUUUUAUUGCCAAAGAUCUCACACAAUUAUCUCAACU